CUUUAUGAUUCUAAUCUUCUUAAACGGUCUCCUCACCACCGUACAUUGACAAUUGUCCCUAUUUUACCUCUUCUUAGCAUGGCUGACAGUGGGGAUGACCUCAGAGUCCCGACAGGGUCAAGGUGGCCUCUUGGAUACACUGGCCUCUCUGUACCAGGUCUCCUCCACAGCUGAACAGGAACAAAUAAUAGUGCUGAUCCACCUGGCAGAUUCUGAUCCCUCCUGGCUCAGGAAAACUGUUCUCGACAUUUCAAGUCUCUACGGGGCACAGAUCUUGACAGGGCAAUUGCUCCUGAUCCAUGCCCCAUCUGAGGUUUACCCGCCUGUGACUGCGGUCCAGAAUGAGACCUCUCAGCAGCAGACGUACUCCAAGGAGAACGUGGCUCACGCCUUCCUCAUGAGCUUCGCCACAAAGCUCUCCACUUAUUUCCUGCUGAUAGAGGACAACGUCUUUUGUGCCCCCAAUUUUGUCAGCCACAUUCACUCGAAGGUGACCAACAGGAAGCCCAGCACAUGGGUGCUCAUGGAAUUCUCUAACAUGGGCGUCCUCGGCAAACUUUUCCACAGGAGGGACCUUCCGCUCCUGGCCCGUUUCCUCCUCUUCUUCCACAAAGAACGACCUCUCCCCUGGCUGAUCCUUCAUUUCCGCACCCUCCUGGCCCAGCAAGACCCAGUCCUCUGCAGACCGUUCCUCUUCUUCCACAGGCUGUCUCAUUUCACUUCUGAGAACAAGACUUCAGCUGGCCAGGGAAAAGGUCCUCAUGGUCCCAAUACUCUCCCCGGAGUGGUUUUCACGGACAUGAAGUUCUCUGGGGUUCACUCCCCACAAGAGGCCUACACACUGGAUGAAUCAUUCUUUUGUACCUCCAAUGUCAGUACGGGGAACUAUUUGACAGUGAUCUUGAGCCACCCAGCGAACCUGAACAGGGUGCAAGUAAGAACAGGCUCCCUCAUAGAUGGAAAGUACAUCCUAGAAAAAGGACAGGUAGAGCUAGGCUACCAUCCCGAAGGAACGCCCCCAAACUGUACCAGCUUUGCGCUGCUGGGCCAUCUCAUGCGAGGGCAGCUGGACCAGAUCGUUCUGAAUAGCACUGGGUACGGUGUAAGCUGCGUGAAGCUGGCAGUGAAUGCUAAUCAGGCCAGGGGUCUCAUGGUCAGACAUAUUUACCUCUGGGGGGAAAUGCUGAAACAACAGAGAGCUGACCAGAGGUAAUGGUGUAUCAGGGUACGAACAAUUAAAAGCUUGAUGCCAUUUCACUCUAG